UCCCUGAAAUCCGAGGUAGUAAGUACACACCUGAGGGCAAUGGAAGCCGGUAAGGAAACUCCGGGGCCCGCAGAAGCCUCGAGGCAAGACAAUACCAUUUCCAAUCGUACCAAGCGGAAGCAUUAUGGAUUCCUGCCAGGCGAGUCCGUGAGAAUCCUCCGUCAGUGGCUCUAUGACCACAGGUUUGCUGCCUACCCGUCAGAAGCUGAGAAAAGAAUGCUGUCUCAACAAACCAAUCUGUCUUUGCCUCAGGUCUCAAAUUGGUUUAUGAAUGCUCGCAGACGCAUUCUGCCAAAAAUGCUUCAACAGGACGGACACGAUCCCAACAGCCAAAUUGGCAGGGACACCGAUGUGAUGUUCCAGCUGACAGCUGAUCCAUUUGUCCAAGCCUCCCCGGUGCCCAACACUCCACCCCAGAUAAAAAAGCUCUCUCUGAUCCCCCUGCCAGAGGGUCAGGAAACAGAAAGCAAGCUGUUUGAUCCAGAGGCAUUGAUUGCAAGCCAGAGGCUCACCCUGAGGGCCCAGCAGAAGAAAAAGCUUGAAAGUCCCAACAAUCAGUCCCCGUCUGUUCCAGAGCCCAGGCCAGCGAUGGAGAAUGAGGACUUCAGCAGCUUGCAGCUAUUGGUUGAUGUCGCUGUGCAAAGGGCUGCAGAGCUGGAGCUGCAGAAGCAACAAAAUCCUAAUCCGUAACUUGCUGUGUCCUGGAGAAAUCCAAGUAUUCAGUUCUUUGCUGUGUAUGGUAGGCAUAUUUUUUUUGCACACAGCCAUUAUUUUGUCUUUAUCUUUUCUAGAAACAAGUUUUUCCUUCUAGGUCUUUUGUGUGACAAAUUUUGAUGGCUAAACUGCUGAGACUCAAUUCUAUUAAGAUACCCCAACUGUUAUGAUGAACACAGCUGCCACAAAGACAUUUGUUUGUUCUACUUUGUCCUACAUUUAGAUUCUUCAGUCAGGCUAACAGUAUUCCAGAAAUUUGAUACAAUGGUAAGA